AUGAACGCAGAUAAUUUCUCUCUGAAUUUGAAGAAGCAUAUGCAAAGUCUCCUAAUCAGAAGAUCUGACAUUCCUUAUUACAAUCAAAACAAUAUAGUGGACAUAAUAACUGGGGUGUUAGACAAAUACACUGAUGCGAAUACUAAUGAUAUUAACGUCGAAAAUGCAAUAAAGAACAUAAAGGAGAUUUUAGACAAAACCUUUGGUACUGGCUGGAUUUGUCUUAUUGGGGAGUCUUUUUCUUUUAACAUUUCCGCCAAAGAAAACUCCUUUCUAUUUUGUUUCUAUCAAGGAUACUUGGCUAUCGUUGUAUAUAAAUGCUAA